GGCCGCUCUCCAGUGGGCAGGCAGUUGGCCUCCUUUCCUCGCCGCGCUUUGGAGCCCACCUCGGUCUCGGUGCAGUGUCUCGCUCGCGCGUGCCGGCGUGCGUGCCCUGGUGGCCCAUGGGGAGGAGGAUAAUGAAGAGUGGGCGACGCACGACGAUGCAGCCGCGGCCGGCGCUUCUUCUCCUCGUCCUCGUCCUCGGCGUGUCGCUGCGUGGAUGCAUUGCGCAGGGCGGGGGCGGAGGAGGAGGGCUCACGCGGGGGAGCUUCCCCAAGGGCUUCGUCUUCGGCACCGCCGCCGCCGCUUACCAGUACGAGGGAGCCGUGAAGACGGAUGGCAGAGGGCAAACGAUCUGGGACACGUUUGCACACACUUUUGGCAAGAUUUCAGACUUCAGCAACGCGGAUGUUGCAGUUGACCAGUACCACCGUUUCGAGGAGGACGUGCAGCUCAUGGCGGACAUGGGAAUGGAUGCGUAUCGCUUCUCUAUUGCCUGGUCAAGAAUUUUGCCAAAUGGUACGGGCCAAGUCAAUCAGGCCGGCAUCGACCACUACAACAAAGUGAUCAAUGCACUACUAUCAAAAGGAAUUCAGCCAUAUGUAACCCUGUACCACUGGGACCUCCCCCAGGCCCUGGAAGACAGGUACAACGGAUGGCUGGACAGGCAGAUAGUUAAUGACUUUGCGGCUUAUGCUGAGACAUGCUUCAAGGCGUUCGGAGACCGUGUUAAGCACUGGAUCACGCUCAACGAGCCGCACACGGUUGCAGUCCAAGGCUACGAUGCUGGGCUUCAUGCGCCAGGGCGUUGCUCGGUGCUGCUCCAUCUAUACUGCAGGACAGGGAACUCUGGCACUGAGCCCUACAUCGUUGCUCACAACUUCAUCCUAGCUCAUGCCACCGUUUCAGACAUGUACAGGAGGAAAUACAAGGCAGCUCAGAAUGGUGAGCUUGGGAUCGCAUUUGACGUCAUCUGGUACGAACCAAUGACAAACAGCACGAUCGACAUUGAAGCUACCAAGAGGGCGCAGGAGUUUCAGCUAGGAUGGUUCGCGGACCCGUUCUUCUUCGGAGACUACCCGGCGACGAUGCGGGCUCGGGUUGGAGAGAGGCUGCCCAAGUUCACCGCAGACGAGGCUGCCCUUGUCAAGGGGGCCCUGGACUUCAUGGGCAUAAACCACUACACCACUUUCUACACGAGGCAUAACGACACCAACAUCAUCGGACGGCUGCUGAACGACACCUUGGCGGACACCGGAACCAUCAGCCUGCCCUUCGACAAGAACGGGAAGCCCAUUGGAGAUCGGGCUAAUUCGAUAUGGCUGUACAUCGUACCCAGCGGGAUCAGGAAGCUGAUGAACUAUGUCAAGGAGCGGUACAAUAGCCCAACGGUUUACAUCACUGAAAAUGGGAUGGACGACGGCAACAGCCCUUUCACCUCCCUCCAGAACGCCCUCAAGGACAGCAAGAGGAUCAAGUACCACAACGGCUACCUCAACAACGUUGCUGCCUCCAUAAAGGAGGACGGGUGUGACGUGCGUGGGUACUUCGCGUGGUCGUUGCUGGACAACUGGGAAUGGGCCGCCGGGUACACCUCCAGAUUCGGGCUCUACUUCGUGGACUACAAGGAUAACCUCAAGAGGCACCCCAAGAACUCGGUCCAGUGGUUCAAGACCCUGCUGAGCUCCAGCUGAAGGCGUCACACGGGCUGUGAUUGGACUGACCAUUUACCCGACACCAUACCCUUAUCCUGUUGUGUCAAGCACUCAAGCUCCAAUCAAUGUAAAAUAAUGUUACCCCUCUCUCUCUCUCUCUGGUAGAAAAACAUGUCGUGUAGGGCUACAUUUAGUUACACAUUAAAAGGGCAUAUCAGUAACUUCAAACUUAGUUCGUUUGAAAGCAUAAGUUACACGUGUGGAUUUGUAUUGAAAUACACUUUGUAAAAAAAAGUCAUGUUUGUAAAUAAAUUAAAUAAUAU